CAUUUGAGAGGUUAAGAGGCCGAAUAGCACGCCAUUUUCUUCACUCAAAGAAGACGACUCGGGUCUCCGUUACAGAUUGUCACCGGAAAAACCAGAAAAUGGCUAAAUCCGGCCAGAUUUCCGGGCAUAUCUCUCUGCUAUUUAUCCUCCUCUCUCUCUUCUCCUUUUCUGUGUGCAUUGUUCUCUCAGAAACCGACACUGAGCUCAUCUCUGCCCUUGUCUCUCUUCGAGACCGAUCCCCUUCAGGUGUCAUCCACCUCGACGACCACUCUCUCCGCCGCUUCCUAAACCCAUCUUCUUCUCGCCCUUUCUCUAUCUUCCUCUUCUUCGACGCUCUGCAACUCCAUGAUCGAUCAGAGCUCCACCUCCCUGAUCUUAAACAAGAGUUCAAACUCGUAUCAGCUGCCUUUGCUCGCCAUCACAAAGGCAAGCCAUCUGAAACCAAGGUCUUUUUUUGCACUAUAGAAUUCAAGGAGUCUCAGUCUACCUUUGGGUUAUUUGGGGUCAAUUCCUUACCCCAUGUUCGAUACAUUGGCCCCAAUGAAAACCCUAAAACCUCGGAAGCCAUGGACCAGAGCGAGUUUGCUCGAAUGUCCGAUGGCAUGGCUGCUUUUGUUCAUUCGAAAACUAGGCUCGAAGUGGGGCAUAUCGAUCGACCCCCCAUGGUCUCGAAGAAGCAGAUCAUGUUUCUCUGUCUAGUUUUUCUUCUCUCUGCUCCUUUCGCCAUCAAGAAGGUUUUGGCUGGAGAAACCCCUCUACAUGAGCCCAAGGUCUGGUUAGGGUUUGCAGUAUUCGUGUAUUUUUUCAGUGUUUCAGGGGCUAUGCACAAUAUAAUCAGAAAGAUGCCUAUGUUUAUAGCUGAUAGAAACGAUCCGUCGAAGCUUGUGUUCUUUUAUCAUGGUUCAGGAAUGCAGCUUGGAGCUGAGGGAUUUGCUGUUGGGUUUUUGUACACCAUUGUGGGACUGAUGCUUGCCUUUGUUACACAUCUCCUGGUGUAUGUUAAGAAUAAAAGUGUUCAGAAGGGGUUCAUGUUUGUUGCCAUUCUGGUUUCAUUUUGGGCUGUGAAGAAGGUCAUUUAUUUGGAUAAUUGGAAGACUGGGUAUGGCGUGCAUGCAUUUUGGCCUUCAGGUUGGUGAAUUGAUUGGAAAUGGGUGGCGUUCAAAGUUUUAAAUUCUCUUUUUGCUUAUGCAUCUUUUAUCUGGUAACGAGCCAUCUGGAAUUGCGAUUUAGAAGUGAAGCUGAAACUCUUGAUACUGUAGAAUUAGAAGGAUAGUAUUUUCUGUCUGAAAGUGUCAUCCUUUGUUGUUGACUCAAUGGGUAUCGUACUGAAAGAAAUUUUAGAUAUGGGGUAAUUACUGGGAGACAUGGAAAUUCCAAACAAUGCAAACAAAUUUACUAUAUAUUUUUUGGUUUUCAUGUUUGAAUUGGUGUUUGAGACUCUUUUUUCUAGCUGAUUACAGUAGUAAUUUUUUUUUUUUUUUAUGCUGUUAGCUGGAUUACAGUAGUAUCUUUUACACUUUACCGAGGCAGGGAAUAUACUCUGUAUGUUUGUCUUGAGAAACAUCAAUCAUUGUUUGCUUCCCAGCUUUUGAUAUGUUUCAAUUAAUAAAAGUUCCGCACUUGGGCAUUGCCUUACUUUCAUA